AUGGAUCCCACCCAACUUCCCAAUGAAAUCUUCGAUAUGGCCUUUGGGAUGCUGUCCAUCGAGGAUCUCUUGCGCUGCGAACGCGUCAAAAAGCGUUGGUGCGAACUGAUCAGGGGCGGACUAGAGACCUCUAAAGCCCUAUUCCGGUACGAAACGUCUAUGAAAGAACAAAGCAGUUCAGAUGGAAGGCAAGCCUUCCUACAAAAGACGUGGAAUAUUCAUCGUGGCGACUGUUCCACCGAAUCGGAAGUGCUCACCGAUUGUAUCGCACACCCUCUCCUGAGCCGCUUCAUCGAUCCCACGAAACUUCGGUCAGUCAUACCCUUCGACGACCCCGAUCUGCCCUACAUCAGCUGCUGGCACCUCCUUCGUACCCUCAACAGACGGAACGGAUUGCCCAAUCCGGAUGCGUCUUGGCGACAGAUGUUCAUAACUUGGCCUCCACUCAAGGAGAUCGAAUUACGCGUGAGCUAUAAGCUUCACAAUGGUCAGCCGGACCAGGAAGGACCCAAAGUCAUCAAGAUCUCUGAGUCUGAAGGCAUCAUGCUGAAUCACUUCUUCUAUGCCCUUUCUGGUUCUGCAACACUGAACCGGGGACGUCCUGCAGGUUCGAUAAUGGAAUGGGCCAAGGCAAUCCCCAAAAUUUGGUUUAGGAAAAGGUACAAGGGCAUGCGUAUCAGGGUGGUUCCAAUAAUCCGUGCGAAAGAGAACGAGCGAAAAACUGCUGCGGAAGAGGCAUGA